CUCUGCGGGAAUGUGGACUGGAGUGGUCCCGCUGCGGGUCCGGGGUGCAGCAAGCCACAGGGCCGAUCCGUAGCGCCAUGGCCUGCAUCCUCAAGAAGAAGUCUGUGGUUGUGGCGAGCUUCACAGCGCUGUGCCUCUUGGUGCUGGCCAUGCGCCUCGUCAAUGACAUGAAUUUCCCUUUGCUACUGAGCUGCUUUGGACAACCCGAAACAAAAUGGAUCCCACUGCCUUACACAUUCAGGCAGCCUCUUCGGAUUCACUAUGGAUACAUCAAUGUGAGGACCCAAGAGCCUUUGCAGCUCGACUGUGACCACUGCGCCAUAGUGUCUAAUUCAGGUCAGAUGGUGGGCCAGAAGGUGGGCGAGGAGAUAGACCACUCUUCCUGCAUUUGGAGAAUGAACAACGCCCCCACCAAGGGCUUUGAGGAAGACGUCGGCCACGUGACGAUGGUUCGCGUCGUAUCGCACACCAGCGUUCCUCUUUUGCUAAAAAACCCUGACUAUUUUUUCAAGGAGGCAAGUGCCACCAUUUAUGUUAUCUGGGGCCCUUUCCGCAACAUGAGAAAGGACGGGAACGGCAUUGUGUACAACAUGCUGAAAAAGACAGUUGAUAAUUAUCCGAACGCACAGAUUUAUGUGACCACGGAGCAGCGGAUGAGUUACUGUGAUGGCGUCUUCAAGGAGGAAACUGGGAAAGACAGGGUCCAGUCCGGCUCCUAUCUCAGCACGGGCUGGUUUACCUUUAUCCUGGCCAUGGACGCCUGUUACAGUAUCCACGUCUACGGGAUGAUAAAUGACACCUAUUGCAAGACAGAAGGGUAUAGGAAAGUCCCCUACCAUUACUAUGAGCAAGGGAAAGAUGAGUGUAACGAGUAUCUUCUCCACGAACACGCCCCCCACGGGGGACACCGCUUCAUCACCGAGAAGAGAGUGUUUGCCAAGUGGGCCGAGAAGCACAGAAUAAUCUUCACACACCCAAACUGGACCGUGUCCUGAUGUUGUCUCCCCUGAUCGUGGCACUGCGGCUCUGAAGAUGACAGCGCGGGCAAGGUUGUUCAUGACUGUCAGGGUCCUGACCACUCUCUGAUGGGGACGGUGACUCUGCUAGCAAUCCGGACUCGGCGUUCUGUGGGAGGGGCUCCCGUUCAUUCUGUUCUCUCUGGUGGGUCAGCCCUACGUACUGCACUUUAUGACUUACCUGUCAAAGGCCAAUGACGUGGCAGCUGUGAGUACAGAAAACAGGAAGAUCGUCUUUCAAGCUACCUGCUCAGAAUUCCUGACAGAGGCGUUGGAAGAGACGGAUGUGACCUUCUCAGGCAAGGUCACUCAGUGUGUGGGCAGCUCCACCAUCUUGGAAAAAUGGCUGACUGCCAAACACUGUCCCAAGAAAUUCUAUCAGGGUAUAGAUAUCUUGCCACAGUCAGCCUGAGAGAGGGUAGGCAUCUCUCUUUGAUGCCGUCUUCCUUCCAUAUGUCUCCCAGCUAAAGCCUCAGGCCACCUACCUGAUUAAAUGUAGCAAUGAAGGUGUUGCGUAAUUCCUGCCCCUCGGGAUUACUGGACUAUCUCAGACACUUGACUCAAAAGGUAUCAAGUAGCAGGUAUUGACAAACUUCCACUUUGUCGGCUGUGCUCUUCCUACUCAAAGCAGCGUGACUAAACAUAUUAGACCGAUUACCUACAUUAAUGUUUAGUUAUUUUUGCUCGAGUACUAAAUAUUAACGUGCUAGCUGUACAGCUGCAGCACUGUAGAAACACAUACUGUGAAAACAUUUCUGAAACAUAACCAAAGGGUUUCCUCGCUCUGCUUCCACACCCAAUUCUGCAAAAACGAUGUGCUUCGUGACAUCGUGAGACAGGGAGAGCAGACCAUAUUUUUGCAUUAAUUUGUAUCCUACCAUAUUCAUAAUAUAUAUUUUUAAAUUCAAAUUUCUAUUUUAUAAUCCCAAGGCGUGUCUCUUCAUAUACAUUAUCAAUGCCAAGUGCCAAAUGUUAGACAUGAAAGGUUCUUUUAUAUCAUUAAAUCCAACCGGAGCUCUUGCCUUUAUGAGGCUGAUCGUCUCCCCCCCCCCCCCCACCACCACCACCACCACCACGUAUCAGGUGUUCUGCUAUGACAGUAAAACGGUGAUAAGCCUAAUUCCCAGAGUGCUUUGUCAAUUCCAGUCCCGUCACAUAUUUCUGCCAUGUGACACCCGUGACCACCUCGCCGGGCUGUGGCCUGCAUAUUCUGCCAUCUCCAGCAGCUGAUCCACAUUGUGUCAGCUGGGUCCGUGCGUCCCAGGUUGCUCUACUGUAGAAUAUCUAUAUAGAAUAGCAUUUCUGUAAAUGAUUGAGUUCUCUACCAAAUAUAGCAUAGCAUACCAAGAUUAAGAGAAAGGACCACAAGGAUGGUUGUGUCCUAGAUCAGUAGCCCUAUAAGCUUAGAUAGUUUUGAUUUCUUUUUGUCAGUGGCUUUGUUCAGGUGGUGAGUAAAUGGGGGCUCAGGAACAUCAGAAGCAGAAAGUGGUUUCCCAUCCCAGGCCUGACACAGCUUCACUCUCCGUACACUUGGUGCUCCUUAAGUAUCAGAGGUAUCUCAGACUCUUCUAAGCAUCCAUGAAUAUCUUGGCACAAUGAUUCACAAGCCAAAAGCCUGGCUGAACUUCAUGUAUUCGAAGCUGGAAAUAAGAAUCCACCUCAUCUGCUGCACUGUGGCAGAUCUUUCCUAGGAAUAAGGGUCGUACUCAGUCACUAAGCUCCUGUCCUCCUCUGCCCAUUUGAUACCCCACACCCACACCUGUAAGUGUUCCCCGGCCCCACCUUUACUGCUGGAGAGAGACUGGUUCUUCUUUUGUUGUUGGCUUAUGUGAGUUUUUGCAGUUUUGUGAAUGUUAGUUUUUUAGAGUGGAUUGAAAUGCCCACUUACAGGAAAAUAAAUAAUACCCCUGGUAAAAUUCUAA